GUGUGUGUCUGUGUGUGUGUGUGUGUGUGUCCUGGCCUUGCGUUCUUUCUUCCUUGAUUGCCUCGUUCGCAACUGUACACAAACCCACAAGAAGAAGCAAGCCCACGAACAACACCACUAACAACAACACCAACAAGGCAAGGAUGCGUGUGCGAACGGUGACGGUGUUUGUGGAGGUGCCGCAAGGGCUACGGCCGUCGGCAGAGGAGCUGGACAAGACGAUUGCACACGCGAAGGACCUACUUGAUGCGUGCUCGGGUGCACUGCAGGCGGCGUCAUACGAGGUGCAGACCACGCGCGUGGCAAUGACAGAUCCAUCGCAGUGGCUGGUGCACUGGCCGAGGCAGUGCAACAACGCUGAUGACGCCGGCAGCAAGGCAAAGCGAGCAAAGGCAACACUGCUAUCGGAUGACCUGCGGGUGGAAUUGCAGCGGCUGGAUGGCAUCCUCAAGGCGCACGGGAUCGACUUCUUCAACCUGGGCUGCCUCCAAUCACCGACUGUGGCUGAUGUGCAGCUCGUGCCCGAGGUGCUGCUCUCCAGCUCUCGCUUCAACAUGAGCGUCAACGUCUCCCCGGGGGACCUGGCCACGGCCACCGCCAUCGCAUCAGCUGUUCAGCACGUGGCUCGCCACAGCGAGGGUGGCCUCGGCAACUUCCGCCUGUGCGCGUGCGCCUGCUGCGCUGACGCGAACAUCCCCUUCUUCCCCGCUGGCUCUGCACGCAUGCCGCCGCCGCAGGAGCAACAGCAGCAGCAACCGCAACAGGUUACGUUUGGUGUUGCAGUGGGCCUGGAGAACGGUGACCUCACACGUGAGGCUGCAGCACGCGCAACCGUCAGCGCCCGGCUACCGGAAGCGCUGGCGAGCGUGAUGCUGCCCCACUUGCAGGCAGUCGAACGCACCUGCCGCGAGGCGGUGGAGACACUUGUGGCGGCCACUGGGCUGCCUGCCACGUUUGCGGGCAUCGACACGAGCUACAACCCUUCCCUGGACGCCGGCACGAGCGGGUCCGUGGCUGCGGCACUGAGCUCGCUGGCAGACAUGGCGGAGCUGAUUGACCUCGGUGCCCUGGGCGCAGUAUCCAUUGCCACCACGGCCCUGCAGGCGCUGCCCGUGCAGCAGGUUGGCUACCGUGGCCUGAUGCUCCCCGUGUGUGAGGACCGCCAUCUCGCUGCACUCGCUGCGGGUGUUACCACCACACAGCACGCGCAGAAACAAGCACGGAUGCAGCACGUGACUCAAGAAGAAGGGGUACAAGGUGCACAUGAGACCAAAGAUGCACAAGAAGUACCAGAGGUGCAGCGGCAGCAAGGAGAAGCAGCGCCAGAAGAGGAGGACAACAAUGCAGGGAGCGAAAAGCACCAGGGCAAGAAGGAGCAGAAGGAGCAGAUGCAGGCGCCCGCGUUGACGCUGCAGCGGUUGCUGUUGCUGAGCAGCGUGUGUGGUGUUGGGGUGGACACGGCGCCCAUCCCGGGCGACUUUGACCCGCACCGCCUCGCGCUGCUUUAUUUGGACAUGAGUGGGCUGGCGCAUCGCUGGAACAAGCCGCUCAGCUGCCGCGUGUUCCCUGUUCCGGGCAAGGCUGCCGGAGACAUGACCACCUUUGACUCACCUUACCUCGUCAACACCCGCGUCCUCCCACUGUGACAUGUGUUUGUUUGGGUGGGAACGGGGGAUGGAGUGGAUGGUGGGUUGGAUGGAGAUGAUUGCUUGAUGGGGGUAUAUGGACGGUUCAGGUGUUACGGUUCAUUCAGAGACACACGUACACACACAUACACAC